UCCUCUGGAUCAUCAGGGCGCGGGGACGGUGCCAGUCGCGCGUCCUUCACUUACCGGACUGCCGUCUAACCAGUUUCCCACGGUCCAGCCGAGCGUGUGCGCACCUCCCCAGCUGUCCAAGAAAAACAGGAAGACUCAGCUGCCGCUCCAACCGACAGCAGAGACUUUGUGUUGCCAUGAUGAGGAACGUUGGGGGAGUUAUUGUGCUGAGCUUGCUGCUAGUAUUUGUCCAGCUUGCAGCAGGAGAGAGUUUCAGCCCACCUGGGACACCUAAAAAUAUAAUUUGUCGCUCUCCCGAAAAAGAGACUUUCACCUGCUGGUGGGAGCCAGGCUCUGAUGGAGGGCUGCCAACCACCUAUGCCUUGUACUAUCGCAAAGAAAACUCUGACACAGUGUACGAGUGUCCCGACUACAAAACGGCCGGAAAGAACUCCUGCUUCUUUAACAAGAAUGACACAUCCAUCUGGGUGACCUACAACAUCACCGUUGUGGCCACCAACGCACUGGGUAGAGCAUUUUCGGAUCCCGUUGAAAUAGAUGUCGUUUACAUCGUAAUGCCAAAUCCUCCAGAAGAGGUGACAGUGACUGUCAUAGAGGACACAAACUGGCCUUUCCUUCGAGUUUCUUGGGAACCUCCUGAAAAGGCUGACACCCGUUCGGGUUGGAUUACUCUAAUCUACGAGCUCCGAAUCAAGCUGGAGAAUGAAGAUGAAUGGGAGGUGCAUCCUGCAGGCCAGCAGAAGGUGUUCAACAUUUUCAGCCUGAGACCAGAUAGUACAUAUCAUGUCCAGGUUCGAUGCAAGCCUGAUCAUGGCUUCUGGAGUGAAUGGAGUGGCACGACGUUCGUCAAAGUUCCAGACUAUUUCCCACGAGAAAGGUCAAUGUGGAUCCUUAUUGCAGUCUUUGCUGCCUUCAUCAUCCUCACCUUCACCUUCAUCUGGCUGUCAUACAUGAAAAUUCACAAUCUGAAGCACUACGUUCUGCCACCGGUGCCAGGACCUAAAAUCAAAGGAUUUGAUAAAAAAGCUCUCAAGAAUGGCAAGUUUGAGGACAUCUUUAGCUCAUUGGUGGUGUCUGAUUUCCCUCCAACCACAUCCAACUAUGAGGACUUUAUUGUGGAAAACCUAGAGGUGUUUGUUCCAGAGGAGCAGGAACUUAUCAUGGAAGACAGCAAAGAUCUUCAAGAUGAUAGCAUCAAAUCUGAAAACUCCACCUGUGACAAUGACUCUGGCCGGGGCAGCUGUGACAGCCACACCCUGCUCAUCGAUAAGGGCGGAGGAGACAAAGAGGAGGCGCUACAGUCCGAUCAGGAGGGUAGUCAGGAUGAGAGGGUUCCAACGAGCCCAGAGGAAGUCAUGGAGGAAGACCUCCUAGCAUGCUGUGACGAAAAGAAUAGCCCCGAUAUUUCUGAGAAGGUGAAGUUCACGCCUUCUUUGAUUUCCCCACUACCCCGGUACAACCUGAUGAAUCAACCAAACCCCCCUGAGAUUGGGAAAAAACACUGCCUUUCAGAUAGCCUGCUCAACCCAGACUCCCUUCCCUCUUACUUUACUCAGCCUCCCAGCACUAAAAAUGACUUUAGAUCAAAUCCCUGGGAGUGCAACUUCAACCACAAGCAACAUCCUCUCCAUCCCCAGACAACGGGCAAAGAGCACCUCCAGGUUCAGAACGAAAUCAGCUGGGUACACGUCGACCGCACAGAAGCUUCCUUAGGUGUCCAAGCGCCCAGCGUCAGGUCCACCGAAUAUGUGGAGGUCCAGAGGGUCAGUGGUGGGAAUAUGGUUCUCCUUCACCCUGUGUCUGCAGGCCAAGAAAACAGCGGUACCAUGAGCCAUCAAACGGAGCACUACAGCAGGGUGAAGACGGUGAACAAUGACAGUGGUCUGCUGUUGCUUCAAAAAGAGUCCACAGGGGAAGAGAUGGGAAUAUGCCUUAGUGAAGAAGAAGUGGAAAGCAGAGCAACAUCGAAUGGCUACACAGCAUCCAUCACUCCAACUUCGGAGAAGCCUAUGGUCGGCAUUAACUCCACCCUGCCCAUUCUGGAUGACAGGAUGGCCAGUGGAUACGUUGACACCGCCACCAUGUUUGGCCUUCCCACUUACUAGAUGUUGCAAAUACUCAGCUGAAGGACAUUGCUAGCAGAUCACUUUCAGUUUAGGAAGC